AACGCCAGCACCGCAAGGAACAUAAAGUGUACGCAGCCUACGAAGCCAUGCUGGAGUCUUAGGAAAAGGGAGACUGUUCUCGCCCUCUCCUGGCACCUAUCGAUGGCAAAACCUUUUACCUAUACUCCGUGGAUCAUGUCAACCAUUGCUACGACGAUUUCUUUCACCCGCCAAAGUACGUCUCAUUCCACUAUAUCAGCGCUGAUGGUGAGUUUGGCAAACCACCAGACGGAGACACAGAAAUUUUGGGCCAUGUAUACAUGAAUGCCAAUUCUUGUUGCGAUUUUGUACCUUUCCGUCCUCCAAAAAGGGGCUGGCUACCAGAACGCACCAUUGAAGGUUGAAGGCUCGGAAAAUAAGCCCGUCUUUCAAUUUAUCCAUGACAAAUCCUUGAUCAUGACUGUUAGAGCAGAUCCAGGAAUGGUCUUAAAUGAUAUUCGCACGGCCGAUGCUGCAGACGUACCUGAUGUCUUCAAGAUUGUGAGCAUUCACAUAGGUGGGGGAGCGAAAGCGUCAAAUACGAGAAGAGAUAGACAAAGGGCGAUCCAGAAGGCCCCCAUCCCCUCCAUCACCAGGUGGCUCCUAUUUCGAGAUUAGCCACCCAACGGGAGCAUGGAAUGCUGGAUAGCUAUGAAUUAAUAGCUCCUAGGUAGUGUUCGGCA